GAAAAAGUGCUUGGCCCCCUCAGUGUUGCAUCUGGAUGUCUGUGGGCUUCUUUCAGUCUGACCGUAGGUUGAAUGGUGCUAUUUUCGGACUGUAACGUGUGAUUUGUUCACGUGUUGAUCGCAACAUGUAACAACUGACAACUUUGAUGCCUUGAUAUGAGAACGGUGAUGGAUGAGAGCACAUUUGAGACAUUUGAAGAAGAGCUCGGAACACCACUGCAGGAUGUUCAUCCACAAAAACCUCUCAGACAAGCUCGCCGGACAGAGAUGUACACUCAAAGAAGGGUCAGAGAGGAACCUCCAAUCAUUCAGCAGAUGCCAAAAGCUGUACCCCGCGAGCCCCCCGUCUCAAGAACCACACCACUACGCAAGACCUUGUCUCUUCAGAACUUGGCCCAGAUUGAGGUACCAUGGGAGGGAGUGACACUAAACCGCUGCCUCUUCAUAGCUAUCACCAUACUGGUCCUUACCUCAGGCUGCCAAAAACUGAAUGAGGUUGUACGAGGCAGCAAGGAUGGGACUGAUGUUGAUGGCAUAGGAACUGCACUCAACAUGAGACACACCCUGGUCAAGAAAGGGCGGUUACCAAUACCUCAGCCUGAGACCUCUCUGUGGGACACGUUUUUCUGGUGGGUCAGUGAUGAUAAUGAUGAAGAAGAGGAAGGCAGACGGGGCAGAUCAAGGAAGGCGACUCAAGAGAGAGCUUCUAGGGGCCUCAGACACAAAGCCAUGCCAAACAGAAACCUGCUGAAGGGAAGACAGGAUACAUUUAAAGCACGUAGGGGAAAGGCCAGACAGAACGAAGAAGAGACAAAAGAGAGAGUGAAAGCACAAACAGUGAAGGAGAAGAGACUCAAAGCGAAGAAGCUGAAGAAAGAAGAGCAAGGAGAAGAGAAAAAGGAGGAAGAGAAGAAACAGAAGAAGAAGACAAAGGAGAGCAAGAAAAAAGAUACCAAGAAAGAGUGAAGAAAGUCACAAAAGGCAAAGUGUUCUGUAUGAGAGGGCUUAUAGGGGUAUGCUGGAGUACCAGACAAACCCUGGAAAUUAGUAGGGGGAACGGUCCUCUUAUUACAAAGUGAUGUCUACAACAGGUGCUGCGAAAGUGUUCCCCAGAACGCAGGGAAGCUUGAGUUGCAGGCCUAAAUGGAGCAUCUGCAUGGUCAUUAGCUUAGCUGAGGUUUAGAGUUAAACAUUAGUUUUAAGCCUGAGUGAGUCACGAGGCAGUGAUUUAAAGCACACCUACUGUUCAAACUAAACUUAAUGGCUGUGUAAUUUAGAGACCACACAUCUGCCACUAGAUGUCGCUGUAUCUGAGGGUUACCUUGAGCCUGCAAGAGACACUGUUUUGCUGAAGUUUAAGGCAAGGUUUAAGUAUUUAUUUAGCUGAAUAUUUAUAUAAUCAAUAUGUAGGCCUAUAUCCACACCAUAUGUCCAAAAGUAUCCAGCAGCAAAAGUGUCCGCAGCAGCAGCCAUGCCAGGCUAGAGGGGUGUAAAGACCCCCAGCACUGGACUAGGGAGCAGUGGAGCUCCAUCCAGUAUAUUUGGGAUGAGUUAGAGUAGCAUUUAUGAUCCAGAACUGGUCAUCCAACAUCAGUACCUGAUCUCACCAAUGUUGU